AUGAAAAUGGGAUGCCCCGAGGCCCUGCUCCCGGCGCUGGCCGCCACCGAGGACCGCGAGGGCGCCCGGCGGGACCCGCCCAGCACCUGGCCCGGCCCGAGCGGGCUGGGGGACGCCUGUCGCCGCCGAGCCCCUCCCCGGCCGGCGGCCGGCGGCACCUCCCGCCGCGAUCCUGUCUCCCCAGGGGACGCAGCGAUCCCGCAGGCCCGGGAGGAACCGGAGAGGGAGAGACUGAAGGCCACCCUGCCCGGCCUCCCCGCGCCCCCUGAGCUGGCAAAAGGAGCCGGACUCCCCCUGCCCGACCCUCCCGAUCGGCCCCCACUGCCGGGCUCCGCGCUCCGCGGCGCGGCCGGGGACCGGAGCCGGGAGUCCGGGCCGCUGCUUCCAGGGGACAGGGGAGGAGGAGGAGCCGGCCGCCCCGUCGCCCGCCCGCCUUCCCGGCCCGAGACCGCCCCGCCGCCCCCCCGGGCCGGGCCCGCCACCGAGCGGCCGCCCCCGCCGCCCCGCACUCACCGGCCGCCGGAGCCCGCCCGGCAGGCAGCAGCAGCGGAGACGCGGCGUCCAGCGGCCCCGGCCGGGUCCGGGCUGGAGCGCAGCGCGGCGCAGCGCAGCGCCGCCCCCCGCGGCCGCGCGGGCCGAGCCGAAAGGGAGCUCCCUGCUGGCGGCUCCGGGGAUAGACGCACGGCCUGCCUGGCAGCCUGGACGCCCCUCCAGAGCCGCCCAUGCGGGCACCGGGCGCUGCCCCGGGAGACCUCUGUCCGUGGCCGAGAGGCCCUGCCUGGAAGUCCUCUCUGCACUGGGCGCUCGAGGCCGCUGGACAUGCCCAGGGCAGGCACGAGGGUCAUGCUGAAUGUAUAG